AUGAAGCAGCUGAGCAAGGUUGAGGCGGUCAGGCGCGGCCACCGCAGGAGUCUGUGCUGCCCCCUAUUGUUCACUCGGCAGAAGAAAGCUCAGUUCUGUUGUAGCGAUGUACUACAUACAGAGUUAGAGACAACGACACGCAGUCGGUCAGUCUGUUCCAGACUAGUUUAUUCAAACUUCGCGGUGCUGGCAUUUACUCCCUGGGUAUUUGUGAGCCGGUGCGCCUGUGCAGAAAGUGGGUCGACACACUGUUCCCGACUCACUCACAGUCACUCACAAUUAACUGACCGGCGACAACGGGUGACCGGUAGGUUAAUCAGUCCCGUUCCUCCCCGUCACUCUGCAUCCAAUCACACUCCGGGGCCGUGUCCGGGAUCGCUGCGGAUCCAGGGUCAUUGCCGAGGUAUCGGCCAGACAGCCGAAUGCCCCGUCCUCGCUCACAGUCACUCACAAUUAACUGACCGGCGACAACGGGUGACCGGUAGAUUAAUCAGUCCCGUUCCUCCCCGUCACUCUGCAUCCAAUCACACUCCGGGGCCGUGUCCGGGAUCGCUGCGGAUCCAAGGUCAUUGCCGAGGUAUCGGCCAGACAGCCGAAUGCCCCGUCCUCGCUCACAGUCACUCACAAUUAACUGACCGGCGACAACGGGUGACCGGUAGAUUAAUCAGUCCCGUUCCUCCCCGUCACUCUACAUCCAAUCACACUCCGGGGCCGUGUCCGGGAUCGCUGCGGAUCCAAGGUCAUUGCCGAGGUAUUUGUCAAUUUAACACCAUUAUAUCGGCCGGACAGCCGAAUGCCCCGUCCUCAGCAGAGGGGGCAAAAGGAUUCUCUCCCGGGACACCGGUGUCCCAGACUGAGCCCCGGCCCCCCGGGCUCCUCCCGUCCGGGGAAUUCCCCGGGGUGUCACGCGGGAGAGUCUCGGACCCGCACAUCCGGCGGAAGUGGCGCCGCCGGACAGCGGGCGGAAAUACGUCACGGCGGGAGCGCUUCCGAGAUCACCGAGCUCGAGACCGGAGACAGUUCCGUUAAAACCGUUGGGAAUCAGCCCCGGCGCGCGGCCAUUAAAGUUUGAGAAGGAUAAGGGCAGCUCGGAGGUGUCAGUGUUGCAGUUGAACAGGGGAAACUAUGGAGCCAUGAGGGAGGAGCUGGCCAAAGUUGACUGGAUGGAUAGCCUAGCAGAAAAGACAGUGGAACAGCAAUGGCGGGUAUUCUUGGGAAUAAUGCACAAGGUGCAAAAUCAGUUCAUCCCCAGAGAAGGAAGGAUUAAAAGGGGGGAAAGGGGCCACAGUGGUUGACAAAGGAAGUUAGUGACUGCAUAGCAUUAAAAAAAAGGAAGUAUGACAGAGCUAAGGUGAGUGGGAGGACAGAUGAUUGGGAAGUUUUUAAGGAACAACA